GAAAGCAAGGCAACACUGUUUUGAUUGGUGAUAUCAGCUAAAAACACGCUUCAAAGGUACUAACUUUAUUUCAUUAGUCCAAGGAGUUUACGUAUAAACAACAGAACAACCACAGUACAAAACUCAGAAUGGGAUAAAUUAUCAACCUACAGUUCAAAAACUCUUUUGAGAAAUGAUGCAUUUUAAAGUUGUAGAAAUAUAUACUCUCACAUCCGUAAACUGUGAGUGACAUGCAAACACUCUUGAGAGCAACCAACUUUUUAAAAAAGGAAGCAGAACUGAACCCCAUAACACCAUCACAAAACGAGGGUCAUGUCGUAAUGCCUUUUCACAACACCAAAACAAUCUCCAAAUUCAAAUUAAACACUCAGAAACUUUUCUUCCUACCUUGUGCUACAAGCUGGCUCAUGUUUGCCAGCACCACAAGCACCUGUGCACUUUGUAGUACGGGAAUUUUUAAAUACCGAUUGUUCAGGAUAUAUUAUUGCCUAUAAAACUGAAACCUCAAAGCUACACAUUCUCAUCCCGGGUUAAAAAUAAACCCCACGCUCUUGAACCAGGGGCUGUUGAUUGCAGUCGCAGGGAAUGGCACAGCCUCUGCAGCGUCCCCAGAGACCCCCAGCGCCGAUGACAAUACCACGACAAACCUGCGUGCUCCGGCAGCCCCGUGUAUUUUAAGUAGUAAAUCUGAAACCCAGAGACUACAAAAGCGAGCUGGAUCCAACACAGCUCCGACCGGAGCCUCUCACUUCUUGAAACUGGCUGUAAACAGGGAAAGGGAGGGGCCAGGCGGCUGCCAAGCCAAGCAGAAACUUGUGAGUAACUUAUAGAGCAAAAACAAGUGCAGCUCAGGCAGCAGCGCCCAGGCGGGCGCUGGCACGGCCAGCACCAUGUUCCCAAGGAGAACCACGCCGGGGCCUCGCGGCCGGCUUCCUUCCUCGGGAAUGCGGCUCGGAGGAAUGCCAAUGUGAAGGGAAGAAAAGCUGGUAACCAGCAAAGAAGACACAACAGCUAAAAUCACUAUGUGGAGCUGUGAAGCCUUAAUCAACAGUACCGAGAACAGCGAGGACCAGCAUCUCUGCCAUGACUUCGACCUUGUACUGUCCAUCUUUUCCCUACUCUACCUCAUUAUAUGUUUCCCAAUUGGCCUUUGUUACAACGGCUUGCUGGUCCUAGUUAACCUCUACAACAAAGCUACCAUGACUAUGCCAGAUGUUUACUUUGUCAACAUUGCCAUUGCUGGUCUCAUCAUCAACGCUCUGGCACCAAUGUACCUUCUAGGUGUUGCCAAUACAAAAUGGGCCAUCUGGAAUUCCAACAAUGAAGUUUAUAUUACCUUUCUUAUUUUAUUCAACGUCUCGUCCUUAGUUACAAUGUACUCUACGACACUGCUCAGUCUGGACUACUACAUCGAACGCGCUCUCCCCAGAACUUACAUGUCGAGCGUGUACAACACCAAACACGUCUGUGGGUUCAUCUGGGGCGGUGCCAUGCUGACGAGUUUCUCAUCUCUCCUGUUCUACGUCUGCAAUCACGUGUCCACCAAAAUAAUUGAGUGUUCCAAGAUGCAGAACCAAGAGGCAGCGGAUGCCAUCAUGGUGUUCAUCGGGUACGUCGUACCCGCCAUCGCGGUACUCUACGCGCUCACGUUAAUCCUGCGGAUACGCAAAGAGGCCACGCCACUGGAUCAAGACACUGGGCGGUUGGAUCCGUCAGUGCACAGGCUUUUGAUUGCCACAGUCUGCACACAGUUCACGCUGUGGACACCCUAUUACGUUAUUCUCUUGGUAAGCACAUUUACUAACCUGCAAGGAAGAAUUGCGGAUAUAAAUUACAUUCGAAUAUUGCAUUUUACCACGAUUUUAUCCAAAUUCUUGGCUUUCUCAAGCAGCUUUGUAAUGCCUCUGCUCUACAGAUAUAUUAACAAAAACUUUCCCAACAAAUUGCGACGUUUGCUUAAAAAGAUACACUGUGGGAAUCAGGGGUGUUCUCACGAGCGCACAGUAGUACAGCAAGUCAUGACAUAGGUGUGACAAACCCCCCUGGUGCUCUGUUACUGCAGUGCUUGGUGUUCUUGGGACUGUGAUACUGCUGUGUUGGCACUCAGAGACAUUAAAGAGUCCCAACCAAGAGGCUGGAAGGAGCUUCCAUUGCAGCUGAAUGCAACAGUCUUAAUUUUCAAAUAGUCGUUUGCUGAAGUCGCGUGAGGCUCCGGCCAGUGUGCUGCAAUACCUGUGACAUCUGAUACCUUCAGUGCACUGAACUGGUUACAAACUCUGUCUUCAUGUCUCUAAACUUCCUGUCUGAAGAAAUCACUAAGCAGUUUAUUGAAGUCUUGACUGAAGACACAGCACCUUGUAUCUUGUAUAGAAAAAGGUAUUACCUUAUUUUCUGUACAAAGAAGUGAUAGUGCUAUCCUUGAUGAAGUAAAUAGUGUUUUUCAAUGAAGAUUAUAUAGAUGAUCUUUACUGAAGAUCAUAUGAUCCAAUUAUACAUGCCCAAAUAGUAAAUGUUAAUUAUAAAUUAAAUUAUUUAAUUUCUUUCUCCAUCACUGAAUCCCCUCUAAAAGAAGCCUAAUUUACCAUUUUCAGAAAUUAUUUUCUCACACCAACUAACCUGUUUUAAAGUUUAUGGUAAAGUGAUUUUUUUCCUAGCUAUAACAAUUAACAAAAAUGUGUUUUAAUUUUCCAGUCCUUUGUUUGCAUCCUAAAACAUUUCAAGAAUCCAGAAAUAUUUAUUGACUAAUUCUAAGGGAACCUAAAGAUGUUUGUUCCACAUAUGAAAAUGAAGGACACAGUGGUUUACAAAGUUAAAUCAGAAUUUAACUAGUAAAGAUUGUCUGGCUAAGUGUUAUGGUCCACAUAUGUUCAUGUAAUGAGAGUAAUUAUCUUAAAAAAUAAAUAUGUUUAUGAUUAACAUUUUGUAUUUUCAAGGGAUAUGUUUGCAACAAAUAAAUUAAACUCUCUUUAAUCUAGGGCAUCACUAAAGGUUUGGAAACCAUUUAAAAUUCCUCAAUAUAUACAAGGUUUUAAAAUGGGAGUAAUAUCUAGGAAUCCCAGUCAGCAUCAGCCUUUGCUGACCUCCCAGAAAUGGAAGUGCCUCCCAAUGGGAUUCUUGGAUACACAGUAAAGUCUAGUUUCUGUAUUUCACAGUAGGGAUGAAGAAAUCCAGCCCAGAUCACCAAAUUUUACUGGUUUGAUGAAAUACAUAAGAACUACAAACAUGCUGCAGGAAGCACAUAAAUAAUUACCCACAACAACAAACUACAAAGCACUGACCCAAGAACUGCCUGUUCCCGUGCUGCUGUUGCAUUAUUAAUGACAGAGGGGUACAAGUGGAACUGAGAUUCUCCCACUGGUUUGGGGGCCAUGAGACAUCUUUGUUACUCUCCCUGCAACACCACAGCAUUGUUUUGUUGCUUAAUCUGUCACAGCACAGUUCAAAUUCCCCGUGACUUUAUGCAAAAAAUGUGGCUUUUCAAGCUUCAGGUAUAAUAAAAACAUGGAGCAAAACCAGAUCUGAAUCUUUUCCAUUGCUUAGAGCACAAUCUCAUCUGAUAGCUGGUCCUGUCUGUCAGCAGAGGCACAUGCUUAAGUGCUAAGGGGAAAGCAGGUGAGGAACAGACUUUUCAUACCUUUUCCCUUCAACAUUACUCAAUUUCUUCUCAUAGUCAUCUUUGCUUAUCUUCUUCAUACACAAGCAUCUUUAAGUUGUCAGCAUUUUGGUGGAAGACUCUCCAUUAGUCCUUUUUUUAACAACUUUUCAUAGUUUAUUGAAAUCUUUCUAGCCCUUAAAGACUAUACAGUAAAUAAUCUUACUUCUAUGGUGUUUUCUCCACACAAAAACUAUCCAGCAUAACUACAUCAGUUUACUUCACAGUUUUAGCCCUUGAUGAAAACCAUGUUAAGGAAUGAAAGCUGUUCUUUAUCACUCUGUCCAACUCACACACUCAUUUAUAGUGCCUCUAUGCUGAUACAAUACUGGAUAUUUUGGUUGAUUUUUUUCCCUCUUGAGAGGUUUUCUAUGAAUUUCUGUACAUCUUGAUCAUUCAAACUCACUUCCACACAGAAGUGCUUAAGAAAGAAAAAUCUUUCCUUACAGCUGUCAGGCAAAGAGAUUCCUCCUUCCCAUCUGAGGAAAAUUAGGUUUCGUAAUGCACCACAUUAAAUCGCUCACGUAAAAUCUGUUAAAGAAAUUCUGUCCCAUUAUGCAGGAGGAGUUCCAGCAGGGAGGAACUGCCUUAUCUGGUGUGAAUAGGGGCUUUCAGAACUGGGACACUGCCAGAACAGUGCGGCUGAACAGGCAGCACGAAGUGCAAUUUUAACUUCCACGUUCCUUCCUUACUUCCAUCUCCUCCUUCUCUUAAGACAUCUUACUUUCUGUCUCCAACAGGACUGUUGCCUUUAUUUCUGUUCCUUUCUCUCUGUGUUAAAUUCUCAGUUUCAGAUCAUGGCUCUUCUAUAAUUUCUCUUUAUCUUUUUCACUUCUCUGCCCCAUUUAUUUAACUUCCAUUUCUCUCCUGUCCCCAUCCAUGCUUGGACUUGUAUAGCUGGUACUGUUCUACACUCAUGUUUACUUCAUUUGCGUGACUCCUUUAUGAUGACCCAAAUAUUAUUCAAUUAUUUGAAUGGAAGCUGCUGUUUAAGAGAUGGAGAAAGACAGGGUUUUAUGUAAUUUAUGCUUGAAAUAUCAAAUCUGAUUUUUUCCUGGGUUUUUUUAUUGCCACAGAGCUACAUAUGUUUGCAUUUAUCCUUAAUAAAUAUUAAAUGUGAUGGCAAUCAUAGAUACAAACAACUUUGAUAUUUUAAUGAACAAGACUGGUAUCCACUCAACCUCUUCUAAGAGAUAAUUUGAUUUAUUAGUUGCCUCAAAGCAACUGUGCCAUGGACCUGCCUGGCUGCUGUUCUCUUAAGAAAAUUCUGGACUUAUUGCAGCACACUCACAUGGUAUCUCUUAAAAAGCAGUAUCCCAGAAAAGGAGAGCUUUCCAAUAUUUAUAUAAAGAACAGUAGAGGAGCAAGUGCAGUAAAAUACUUAAGGAAAUACAUGUUAUCUUAAUCUAGAGAGAAAUUCAAUGGACAAAUUACAAAGUUCUCGAGAAUGGGGCCUUUCCAUUUCAAAUACCUGAAGGUUUCUGAUGACUGUAAAUAGGGGCUUAUCUAUUUCACAUUUAAAUAAAUAUGAAUAAAAUACUGUAUAUAUGCAAGAUAGAAAUCAGCCUACUGAUGUAAAAAGAAUUUGCAAAGAGUUUAUUAAAUUAUUUCUUAAAGUGUAUAAUUUAAAUGUAAACCUCUGAACAGGAAGGUGUACUGUAUGCUUCUAUAUGUAUAUACUGUGUACUAGAAAGUAAGCACUAGUUAAGUGCCAUUAUUAACAGUGUUAUUUUCUCACAGAAUUAAACUUAAUAUUUGAGUUGAUCUAUGGCUUAUUGCCCUCUUGCUGAACUGCUAAUUAAGUCAAAUCAAUGAACUAACAGAACUGUCGUGCUCUGCUUCUGUUUGAGUUAUUAACACAGCUAACUCAGGACAGGUCCUUGUUGACUUAACUUAGUAGAGGUCCUAGUUUCAAAAGUUUCAGAAUCAAAUUGUGUUGGUCUCUGAAGAUGUAAAUUCAGUUAAUGGAAGAAAGUGAUCAGCCAUUAGAAAAUUUCUGGUUCUAUUACAAUGAAGAGCUGUGGCCUCCAAUAUCAUGUCAAAAUACUACAGAAAUGGACUUUCUGGAAAGCUUCAUAAAGGAACUAUUGACUCAUAAUUCAUUCUCAAUAAAAAGUGUUUUAAGUGUA